GGAGUCUGUAGCCGAUGUGUCGACGAGACCAGACGGUGAGUGACUGUGAGGAGUGAGUUUAUAAAGGGAGGAUGAUUGGAACGGUGAUUGAUGUGGGCAGGUGACGGUGAUUAGAAGGCUGGGGAGCUGGAACGAGUGGGCGGAGUGAAGGUGUCUGGUGCUGACGCCGAUGGAUCCGUGACAAUUAUAUGAUUGGAUAAAAACACAGUGAUCACAGUUCACACCUGCAGUGAAGCUCCUCCCACAACAAUUCACCAAAAAAUACUGGGAUUAUUCCAAUCAUCCUACAAGAAAAGGACAAACUCCAGGAGUAGCAGCUGAAAUCUGUGUGACUGUUAAAGAUGGAGUUUAUUAAAGAGGAGAUUGAAGACAUGAGUGAUCCAGAACCAUCCAGAAUAAAACAUGAAGAUACUGAGGAACAAAUAGACCAAGUGAGAGUGAAAGAGCAAAGACAAGAAGUGAAUGAAGUGGAGGAGGAACAUCACCAGGUGAGAGUGAAAGAGCAAAGACAAGAACUGAAUGAAGUGGAGGAGGAACAUCGUAACUUUACGAUUCAAAGAACAAAAGCCAAAAAGAUGCACACAUGCACUCAGUGUGGAAAGAGUUUCACACAUAAAGGAACCCUUAACAAACACAUGAGAAUUCACACUGGAGAGAAACCGUAUACAUGCACUCAGUGUGGAAAGAGUUUCUCACAUAAAGGAAACCUUACCAAACACAUGAGAAUUCACACUGGAGAGAAACCGUAUAUAUGCACUCAGUGUGGAGAGACUUUCACACAGAAAGGAACCCUUAACAGGCACAUGAGAAUUCACACUGGAGAGAAACCGUGUACAUGCACUCAGUGUGGAAAGAGUUUUACUCAAGCAUCAGGUCUCCGUGUUCAUCUGCGUGUUCACUCUGGAGAAAAGCCAUUUAACUGUGAUCAGUGUGGUAAAGAUUUUAGUUUAUCAGAAACUCUAAAACAACACCUGAAAGUUCAUUCAGAUGAGAAGCCUUAUGUGUGUUCUCUCUGUGGAAAGAGUUUUUCAAGGCUGGACAGUUUUAAACGGCACCAAAAAACACAUAAUGAAGUGAGAGAUUAUAUGUGCUUUGACUGUGGGAAGAGCUUUACUAGACCUGGUGAACUGAAACUGCAUCAACGAGUUCAUACUGGAGAAAAACCUUACAAGUGCUCACAUUGUGACAAGAGUUUCAAUCGGUCUGGAAACCUGAAAUCACACGAGCGAGUUCACACUGGAGAGAAGCCGUACUACUGUACUCAGUGUGGAAAGAGUUUCACCCAAUCAAGUAGUCUAGUGACUCAUAUUAGAAAGCAUUGUUCUGUGUCACAGUGAGAAAAUGUUUUGUUAGAUUCAAAUAAAGUAAAUGUUUAGCUAGUUAAACUAAUAAACUAGUGUUGCUGCAAGAUUUGUUUUAUCUGUUGGAGAACAAGAAUGAUUAAAAUCAUUUUAAUUAAACACUUA